AUGAAGCCCGGACCGCUGGAUUUGGGGUAUGCUCGUCCUCUCGAGUUUACCCUGUCGGUCAUUGUGAGAACUAAGCCGAGUCCAUUGGACUUUCAAUUUGCCGCAGAUACGCUUGUCUCGCAAUGGCCUGUGUUGAAUCUGCGAAUGGAUGCAUUGAAAACCAAAUUCUUGGAGCCCAAAGAUCCUGGUGAUCUAGCAGAUGUCUGGGAAGGGCGGGAGAUGCAUCGCGAUCUCGAUGAGAUCCUCUACGUAUCCCCAGAGCCUGAUUUUCCACAGAUGGUUGAUUCCGAAGCGCUGGAUAAAGCAUUGGAUUUCGGCUACGGCAUUGUGCAUGCAUGGAAACAGCGAGUCUUCUCUAUCCGAACCGUCUUCUUGAACGACGCCUGCAUAAUAGGGUUCAAGUUCCUGCACUCACUCUGUGAUGCGAAUGGUGCCCAUGAGAUUAUUCAGGCUUAUUGUUCGCUGCUCAGGGGCGAAAAAAUUAGGCAUAACCUUCAUGCUCGACCAUCUCUGUCGUUAAAGUCGGAGGUUCUGGAGAAGUGUGCUGAAAUGAUCGAGUCACAUCACAUUGCGGACUUGCAUUUGUACUCCUCACAUCGAACUUGGUCUUCUGCAAUCGGUGCCUUGGGAAAGCAGAUGACGAGGAACAUUUUCUACCCAUCUGCUCGGCGUGUUGGCAGGACCAUGCUGGUGCCCCGGGGACAAAUCCAACGAUGGGCUAACGAGGCUGAUCUGGCAAAUGCAAAGGUUACCGAUCACGACUUGCUGGUAGCUUUUAUCUUUAAGGCAUCUCUACACCCGUCAACUGCGCACAGUUUCGGACUGGUAGUUGAUAUCUCACAGAAACUCCAGUCCGAAGCUAAUCUAUAUAAUCCGUGGUUUAUGAUGCCUUUGCCAGACCCGAUGCCGUCAAGCGAAUAUAGCUCCCCGUCGAUGGCGCGCCUGGCAGCUCACAUCCGACACACAGUCGACGAGGCUCAACAGCCUGAGUGUGUCGGAGAAGUGGUAGAGCAGCACCGCCGGCUCAAGAAAAACCCUUUGGUCCCUAAGUCUUACGGUAGCCGUGCAGCUCAACCCCGGGUCGCAUCCUGGAAGAGCCUGCCUCUUUACGAUAUCGAUAUUCAGGGAGAGCACCCGCUCUUUGUUCAGGGAGGUGUCGACUACUGUGGUGUUCUGCGCGAGACCAAGUGUCACUUGGAUGAUUUGUUGGUGACGUGGAAAGCACUGGGACGGGAUGGAGGAGAUGGCGGAUAUUGGAUUCAUGGCAGACUGCCCGAAGCUGUUUGGAGGAGCAUGGCGGAUACUUUGAACUGUUGA